UUUUUCGUAAAAUAAACGUCGUGUGGCAAACGUCAACAUUUAGUUUACUCACUGAUUCCAAAAUUUAUUUUACCUACUUGAAAUACGUGUGUUUCUAAAUACUAAAAGUGAUCUCAUUAGAUGUUAAAAUGAAUCGCACAGAAGGCCUGGUGCAACGGAGAAACGUUGUCAAAGAAAAUUCUGAUGGUUCAUUAAAAGAAAAUCAUGAUGCGGAUGAUAAGAAAAAUGAUAAAAAUUAUGAUGACGGAGAUUCGAAGGAAACACGACUUACAUUGAUGGAAGAAGUUUUACUGCUCGGAUUAAAGGACAAAGAAGGUUACACAUCAUUUUGGAACGACUGCAUUUCUAGUGGUUUGAGAGGCUGUAUUUUAAUUGAAUUGGGUUUGAGAGGUCGAAUUGAAUUGGAGAGAGCUGGCAUGAGAAGAAAAGGGUUGCUGUCAAGAAAGGUUAUUGUUAAGAGUGAUACACCAACUGGAGAUGUAUUAUUGGAUGAGGCUCUCAAACACAUGAAAGAUACAGACCCACCAGAGACUGUACAAAGUUGGAUAGAAUAUCUCAGUGGUGAAACAUGGAAUCCAAUGAAACUCAAAUAUCAAUUGAAAAAUGUGAGAGAAAGGCUUGCCAAGAAUCUGGUUGAAAAAGGAGUACUCACUACAGAGAAACAGAAUUUCCUACUGUUUGAUAUGACUACUCAUCCCCUCACAGACAAUGUGGUUAAAUGUCGCUUAGUAAAAAAAGUGCAAGAGGCAGCGCUCCGCCGGUCGAUCAACGACGUGGCGCACGCGGACAAGCGGUCGCUCGCGCUGCUGAUGCUCGCGCACUCGGCCGACGUGCUCGAGAACGCGUUCGCGCCGCUCUCCGACGAGGACUACGAGCUGGCCACGAGGCGAGUGAGAGCUUUACUUGAUCUAGACUUCGAGGCGGAGGCCAUGCGACCCGAUGCUUGUGACAUCAUGUGGGCCGUCUUCGCCGCCUUCACUAAAUAGCGCUAACUCCACCCCCCCACCACCCUCCCCCCCACAACUAAAGGAACGAUUUGCUAAAUUCAAAAUUUUUCCUUCUAGUGACUAAAUGUUAUAGACUAUUUUGUGUGUGUAAAUUCACUAGAUUCGACGCAGUUACGGGAUCGAUAUUGAAUCUGAAAUUUACAGUACGCUGUACCAGUAUUAAAUUCAUCUUGUCCGCGAUUCGCCGGUGGACGUGUGUCGUCCUAUACAUGUUUUGUGGUAGAGUUAAGUCAGUGGAUGUAGCGGUUUUCAGUAAAGUUUUAUUUACAUUUAAACUAUUAUUUACUAUGAUUGUGGCACAAAACAAUAUUUGAGAACGUGUACCCAUGAGUCCCAUUCGAACGCAGAUGUGGCGUUCCAUCAGCCGAUAUGUUGAAAUGGAUUUGUUAUGAAUUUAUAUAAUUAGGUAUCGUAAGUUUUUGUUAAAAUAACAUUUUUGUAUAUGUGAAUAGUAUGAUAUCUGUAUCUUUUAACUUGCACGUAUGUACCUAUAGUAUUCGCAUAUUUUUUAUAUUAUUGUUAAAUUAUUUAUGCUUAUAUUUUGUAUCCAUUUCAUACUCAUAAUAUAUUAUAAUAUUCAUUGUAGUUAAAAUCAAGUUAUUGCAACGUAUCUUUAAUCUAUUUUUUGUAGUAGAAGAUCCUAGAUGGAUUCAGUCAUACGAACUAUGUAAAUAAAAAUUUGACAACAUACAUGUAUUAUAUUAUGUAUUUAUAAACUCGAAAUGAUAUUCAAACAUGUGUUUCUUUUGUACAUUUGAAUAGUAUACAUUCCUAAUGUGUGGCAACUCGAAAAUGUCUGAGAAUAAUGGGUGUGUUACGUAAUAUAUGGUAACUCAUUAGUUAUACUGAAUUGAAAUGAAUGUGCUAGCGUCAUUCGAUUUCAUAAUAUAGUAGUGGUCCAUCUAGGAUUUUAAAUAUCGUCGAUUGUCUAGUUUUUAUUUCGUAGAUAAAUCUUCAUUUUAUAGAUAUAACGCCGUUAGUACACCGACGCAUUCGCGAGCGGCAGCGAAACAACGAAAAAUCUGACAGUAGUAUGGCAGGUUUUCGCAUAUGAUAUGUCUCACUCCAGCCCAU